UCGAGAGUCUAUAAAAGAUGUAACGUCUGAUUUGAGAGACAAACUGCUGUUGUUAUCAUUUAACACAGUUUUUUACAAGACUACACAAAAACGAUGAGUGCAUCCAAACUUCAGGAAAGUGGUGAGGUGAGAAUUGCACACUCUCUACAUAUGAAUGAGGAGGAGUUUGUAGCCAGAAGGAGAGAAACUGUUUUUCAAAGCAUGCAGAAACUCAAGAUACACUGCAGUAAGGAUGAAGUGCCAAACAUUGCAUUACUGGGUUCUGGAGGAGGACAAAGAGCCAUGGUGGGUUUGCUGGGAUCCCUGGUUCAGCUUGAUAAAGCGGGUCUUCUGGACUGUGUCCUUUAUCUGAGCGGAGUCUCUGGAUCCACCUGGUGCAUGGCCUCCUUAUACAAAGAACCAGACUGGUCCACUAAACUAGAGACUGUGAAGGACCAAAUCAUUGAGAGACUCAGCGGACCAGGAGUCAGCUGGGGAGACGCAUUUGCCAAACUGAAGAAGUAUCACAAGAAAGACUUUUUCAGCUUGACUGACGUCUGGGCAGCGAUCGCCAUCACAACAUAUGUGAAAGAGAUUGACGAACUCACACUCACAGAUCAGUGGGACCAUCUCAGUAAAGACCCGUUUCCCAUCUACACAGUGAUUGACAAGCAAUGCAAAAAGGAGAAGGAGAAGGGAGGAGACCCCUGGUUUGAGAUCAGUCCACUUGAGGCUGGUUAUUCUCUCACUGGAGCGUUUGUGGAAACAUCCAGCUUCGGCAGCAAGUUUGAAAAUGGCUCAAAGAAAAAACCUCAGGAUGAAAUGGACAUGCUGUACCUGCAAGAACCAAAAGCCCCACCUGCAUACAAGUGUUACCAGGUGCUCAUAGAUCUUGUGGAAGUGAAUCUCGCUGUUUUAAAUGGGAAAGAUCCUUCUGCUCUUGUUCAGACCAUCAAAACAACACUGGAAGAGCUCGGUGGAGGCAAAAAUCACCUGAUUAUCCCAGGGGAAAAAUCUACUCUCGCUGAAAAACAAGCUGCAAAAUUUGAUGUGAAGAAAUUCACUGAGCAUAUCUUGUGUUUGAGCAUUUGUAAAUGCAUGACUCAGUGGAUCUGGGGCAGGAAUUAUAACUUCCUCCACAAAAUGAAAAAUGAAACAGUGCCUCCCGGUCUUCUGAAAAGUGAGACGAGAGACUAUAUAGACGCCGGACUACUGCUGAACUCACCCUACUUCUCAGUGCUGAGAGAAGAACGAGACAUUGAUCUUAUCAUUUCCCUGGAUUUCAGUGAAGGGGAUCCUUUCAUGACAGUGAAAAAAACUCAAAAACUGUGUGAAGAACUAAACACACCUUUCCCUGAAGUCAUUCUCAGAGAAAAGGCAAAGAACCCGAAGGACUUCUAUGUGUUCAAAGGCAAAAACGCUGCAACCGUGAUUCACAUGCCUCUGUUUAAUGUGGUCAACUGUGGAGAUAAUAUUGAGGCUUGGAGGAACAAAUAUGAUACCAUUCAAGGUUCUUACAGUCGUAAGAAGAUCACUGAUCUUAUGGACAUUGCUGGAAAAAAAAACAUCUCAAACAACAGAGAGAAACUGCUGGAGCAGAUUCAAGCAGUCAUUGACCAAAAAAGACACAAAUGAUGACAAUCUGAAUACCAGUGGCAUGAGCACUCUGAAAUUACUUAAAAGACAAAUUUUUAAGGUUAAAUAAACAUGACUUAUACCAUUAAAAUAAUGUAUAAAAAAACUAACUAUAAACUUAUGCUCUGUUUAUUAAAAUAGAAGAUAAAUUUCAUGAUAGAGCAUUUAUACAUUUAUUCCAAAAAUAGUAACUAAAAGAACUGUAUGAAAAGUUAUAGUAAUGCACAUUUUAUUUGUUAACCGAUGUUAAGCUGUUAAUUUUAAUGGUCAAUUU